AUGACUGAAGUUUCUCGAGGCCGCAAGGUGGCCCAAGUCUCUUGUCUGAUUGUUUGGUGCUUGCUAGCAGCAGGUCCUGUUUUUGGUUUUGCUGCCCUUAAGCCCGUGCUCAUCAAUGAAGGCGUGUAUCUGGAUAAGUGCAAUCUUGAAGCAACGAAGGGCUUUUCUGAGCAACUGCUUGGCAAGGUUUUGCCAUGUGACGAGCAGGAUUUGGCUCUCAAUUUCUUGUUCACGGUAGCUUGCAUGGUGACCAAUAUCUCGGCUUUGCCUGUCGGCUCGCUCUUGGACUCGUACGGGCCGAAGGUUACUGGUGUUCUUGGAUCCUUGAUCAUUUUUUUGGGUGCCGCCGUGCUUUCUUUGGCCAAAUCCAUCUCGCUUUUCGAUGGAUACUUGUGUGGUUACACGUUGCUCGCCUUGGGAGGCCCUUUUGUGUUUAUUUCGUGCUUCCAAUUGGCCAACAGUUUCCCCAAGAACUCUGGGCUAAUUUUGGCGCUCUUGACUGGUGCAUUUGACUCAUCCUCCGCGCUAUUUCUCAUCUACAGACUCAUCUAUGCCAACUGGUUCCAGCUCUCGAUGCUGACUUUCUUCUUCUACUACUUGGCCGUACCGAUAUUCAUUUUCUUGUGCCAACUCAUAAUCAUGCCGGCAGACUCAUACAAAACUGUGGGUACGUUGGCCCGCAUUGCCGAAACUGCAAUCGACGAGACAGGCAAACCUCUCAACAAGGACUUGCUCCUUCCAGUGGACAGAGAUCUGCCGGAGGAGGCAGUUGUUUUUGCUCAACCAAACAUGUCUGAGACCACAUCUUUGCUAAUGAAAAGAGCGUCGUUUGGAUCGUUUAACAGGAGAGGCUCAGAAAGACUCGACUCGUUCACCCGACUUGAAGCCAGCAGACGUGACUCUACGAUCUCGAGAAACUCAGUGAAAUCCGUGUACGAGCGUGAGGCCGAAGACAAAUUGUUCGAGUCCACGGGCGGUGUUUUUGGUGUCAUGCACGGAUUUUCUGUCAUGGACCAAUUGAAAUCGCCGUGGUUCAUAUUGAUGACCGUGUUCACCACCAUCCAGAUGCUCCGAAUCAAUUUUUUUGUGGCCACAAUCCGGUCCCAAGAAUCAUACUUAUACGGUAGCGAGGAGACAGCGAUUGUUAUCAACGAGUUUUUCGAUCUAGCCUUGCCACUUGGGGGACUCUGUGCCAUCCCGUUUAUUGGUCUUUUGCUUGACAACUUGACGACGCUUCACGUGUUAUGGCUCUUGUCGAUAAUCUCCAUUGUUGUUGGUGUGUGCGGCUGUUUAUCAUGGAUUCCUGCGACAUACUUGGGGAUUAUUUUGAUGGUGCUAUAUAGACCGUUUUACUACACGGCAGUGUCUGAUUUUUGUGCCAAGGUGUUUGGCUUCGAGACAUUUGGCACUAUUUAUGGCACGAUCAUUUGUUUUUCGGGAAUCUGCAAUAUUCUCCAGCAGGUCAUGGACAGAAUCACCCAUACGACUUUCCGCCUGAACCCAAUUCCGAUCAAUGCUUUAUUGACAUCGCUCACUGUGCUCUUUGCCGGAUUGAUCAUCAGCUACGUCAUGUCUCAAGAGAAAAUCAUGAAAAGGCAGAACCUAGAGUUGGAAGCCCAAGAAGCACCAGUCAGAACGAUUCCACAUUAG